GAGGCGAUGGUGGGUGUUAUGUCUUUUUAAGUUACCUCCUCUCUUUCCGGUUUGGGGUCAAGAUGACGACGCUGCGCUCGUUUACCUGCGAUGACCUGUUUAAAUUCAACAACAUAAACUUGGAUCCUCUGACGGAAACCUAUGGGAUCCCGUUCUACCUGCAGUACCUGGCUCACUGGCCAGAGUAUUUCAUUGUGGCUGAGGCUCCGGGUGGCGAGCUGAUGGGCUACAUUAUGGGGAAGGCGGAGGGAUCUGUAGCCCGGGAGGAGUGGCAUGGCCACGUCACGGCGCUGUCGGUGGCUCCAGACUUUAGACGGCUCGGCCUCGCUGCCAAACUCAUGGAGAUGCUGGAGGAGAUCUCAGAGAGGAAGGGAGGGUUCUUCGUGGACCUGUUUGUGCGAGUGUCCAACCAGGUGGCAGUGAACAUGUACAAGCGUCUGGGUUACAGCGUCUACAGGACUGUGAUUGAGUAUUACUCGGCCAGCAACGGGGAGCCCGAUGAAGACGCCUAUGACAUGAGGAAAGCUCUGUCCCGAGACACAGAGAAGAAGUCCAUCAUCCCACUGCCUCAUCCGGUCAGACCAGAAGACAUCGAAUAACAGCUGACCCUCAUCAUCAUCACUUCCUGGUUACUCGUCACACCCAGAGACUGAUUAUAGAAAACACGUGGCUUCAUGUUUUUAUUUCCUGUAAAUUUUCAAUGAACAUUUCGGAAAAAUAUAAAA